AUGCACAAUGGAAAGCUUAGCCAUAGCAGAUACUUACCUAAGCAUUUGACAGUUGCAGAGAAGAGUUGUCUUAGUGAAAAAGUUGAAGAUGCCCACUUCAAACCUAACAAGGCUGUGCUGGGCUUUCACCCAGAACCGGAGGAAGUUGCUCCUUCUAUUCACGACUCCAGCUCUACAGCAAAAGAAGCAGCUAACAUUGCUCCAACUGAAUCUGUAGCCAUCGGUGUAGCGGAGACAGCUACUGAAGAUUUGGAAAUGGGAGAAGAUGAUACUUCCUACGGCCAAAGCUCAAACGUGUCUCUCAAUUUGCGUCCAAUGAAAGAAACAGCAUUAAGCAGCCACAUAUCCAAAAUAGUGGCUGAGCGGAAGACCAAGCUUGUAAGCCUAGUCUAUCAAUACAAUGAGGCUGCAAGCACUAGAGGCAUUUAG